AUGGGGGCUGGUGCCGCUGCCGCUGCUGCCGCCGCCGCUGCGGCCCUUUCGGCGGCCAAGGGAGCGACGGACUUCUCGAUAGCGGCGAUCAUGGCACUGCGGGAGGGCUCCAGCAGGAGCCCUCUGGAAGCAGUUUUCGUAAGUGGUUCCCAAAACUCAUCCUCCGACCGGCUCUCGGAGGCGGACGACGAGGUGGACGUGGACGUGGAGGAGUGCAGUGACUCGGAGGAACCGAAAUCCUCCGACAGUGGCCGUGUGACCCACUCGCGGGCAACCGAAACCCCGAACAGUGUCUCCGUGUCGGACGAGGAGCGGCUUUCACCGGAACCGGCGCAGAAACGGCCUACGAUCGUUGGAUCCUGCAAUUCCGACGACCUUCGACCGGUGCAGUGUCAUCUGGAGACGAAGGAGCUCUGGGACAAGUUCAACGAGCUCGGCACGGAAAUGAUCAUCACCAAGACGGGCCGGCGCAUGUUCCCGACGGUGCGCGUUUCCUUCUCCGGCCCGCUGCGCCAAAUCACGCCAGCCGACCGGUACGUGGUGCUGCUGGACGUGGUCCCGGUUGACAACCGGCGCUACCGUUACGCGUACCACCGGUCGGCCUGGCUGGUGGCCGGCAAGGCGGACCCGCCGCCCCCCGCCCGCCUCUACGCCCACCCGGACACCCCGCUCGGGGCCGAUGCCCUGCGCAAACAGGUUAUCUCGUUCGAAAAAGUGAAACUAACCAACAAUGAGAUGGACAAGAAUGGGCAGAUUGUCCUCAACUCCAUGCACCGCUAUCAGCCUCGGAUACAUCUGGCCCGGCUGGGACCGGGGCAAAGCAUUCCCAUCACACCAAAGGAGCUGGCCGACGUCGACCACAAGACGUACGUUUUCCCGGAGACGAUCUUCACGGCGGUGACGGCGUACCAGAACCAGCUGAUAACGAAGCUGAAAAUAGACUCGAAUCCGUUCGCCAAAGGCUUCCGGGACUCGUCGCGGCUCACCGACUUCGAUAGAGACCCCAUGGACGCACUUUUACUGGAACAACACCUUCGAUCUCCACUCCGGCUCUUCCCGGAUCCACUAAUGGCUCAGUUUGCCGCCGGUCCUGGCCACGACCUGCAGGAUCCUUCAUCAGCUGCCCUGCUCGAGAAAGCUCGCCAGCACCUCCAGAUGUGGGGUCGCUCGCCCUACAGCGAGCUGCUUCUUCCACAGAUGUACCAGCGUCCCCAGAAUCUGGGCGCCCUAAACCUUGGCCUCUGGCAAAACUCGGCCGGCUGGGCGACGGCCCAUCAACUUCCGCCCGGAUUCAUAGCGGCCGCCGCGGCGGCAGCCGGAGGUCCUCGGUCUACUCCUCCUCCACACCAACCACCACCAACACUGGGACCAUCCGCGACUGUCUCCUCAACGCCGAUGACUCCGACGAGUUCUUCCUCCGGGUCGUCGCCGUCGCCGGAUCCGCGAGCGAAGCACUUCUCGCGCUUUACUCCAUACCAAAUACCGCAAGCUUCGCAUCACCACCCUCAGCCUCAGCCAUCGCACCUUCAGCAUCCACCGUCACAUAUGCCAGCGGCUCCACCACCUCACCCGUCGCCAAGCUCUCCCCGGAGUCCGUCGAAUUGA